AUGUCUUCCUCCUCAAGGCUUUUCUCUCUUCUCCCUCUCCUCUGUUUUUCUCUCCUCCUCCAACUCACUCUUGCAACAAACCCAACUUUUUAUUCCUGCUCAUCAAGCUCCGGAAAUUUCAGUGCCAAUGACCCUUACAACCAGAACUUGAACAACCUAACGAGUUAUCUCGACUCACUAACUCCGCUGACUGGGUUUGGUUCUGCCUCGAUAGGCCUGAACCAGACCCAAGUCACCGGCCUCGCUCUCUGCCGAGGUGACAUCAACAGUACAGAUUGCCAAACCUGUGUUGACGGUGCAAUCGUCCAGGUUCAAAACAUUUGCCCAUUCAAGAAAGCGGCAUUCGUCUGGUACGAUUAUUGUCAGUUGAAAUACUCGAACCUCGAUUUCUUGGGCCAAAUCGAUUACCAGGAUUGGUCUGCCCUGGAGAAUCCUAUAAAUGCAAGCAACCCAGUUUAUUUCAACGAAAAGGUUAAUGAGUUACUCACUGAUCUGGAGGGAGUAGCUUAUACUAGCCCGACAAUGUAUGCUUCCGGGACGUUGGAGAUCGGGAAUUCGACUACCCUUUAUGGAUUUGUUCAAUGCACCAGAGAUCUUUCUAGUACUAAUUGUAAGACUUGUAUUGAUAUUGCUAUUAAAGUGUUUCCGUACGGAAAAAUAGGAGCGAAAAUCGUGAGUGCAAAUUGUAACGCGCGUGUUGAGAUAUACCCUUUUCUCAAUACCUAG